AUGCACAUGAACCUAAAAGGAUGGGACGACCUGUUUCACUUUCACUCAGGUCCUCUUUCUCUUCCUCUUUACUUACGACGGAGCAAGUCUUCCAGAUCAAAUGACUUGGAACGUCAACCACUCAUCAGACAUGGAGAGGACCAACGUAAAAGUGACGAAAGGCCGAAGCCGUAUGAGAAAGUAGCAGAUGUACUGGGAGCGUUGCAUGCUGGGAAACUGCCCAGUCAGGUACAGGUUGAGAGAGCAUUGAGGGGGUUGUUGAGGGGGGGGUUCUUUGAUGUGGGGGCAGAAGGAGAAUCCGGAGAGGCGGAAGGCGGAGGAGAAGGAGAGAGAGAGGUCUUGGAUAAGAGUGUUGAGAAUGUUGUGAGGAGUGCAAGAGAGGCCGUUGAGGUGGUGCUGCAGAUUGGGUUAGAGAAGAACCAUGAUGACAAGUUCCAGGACUUGAUUUAUCAACUCCGUGAACUGAGCUCUGAUAAUAGGGAUGGACGCUUUCCGGUCGACGUGGAAUCUGUGCCUGAGGUUCGUGUUAAUGACAAAGUUGUCGGGCAGGUGCAACAGCAAGCAGCAUCCGCUAUACCUUCACAAUCAGAACUAGCUAUCGACAUAGCAGCCUUCCUCUCCUCUUUCCGCACACUAAUGACACUCGUCUUAACUUCCUCUACGUUCCGACUUAUCCUAGGAGACUUAUUGCGUACUGCACGGGAGUUCGUUGCAGAUAGUGCUGAAAGUGUUCGGAGAGCUGCUGAGCAAGUGGAGAAGAUAUCGCAGGUAGUCGAGACUAACGUUCGGCCGGGCUCCGGAGACGUUCAUAUGCAACCUGUUGCUGUACCUAAAGAACCAGAGGUGGAGGUGGAGAAGGUUUCCGAAGAAGUGCCAAGUGACUGGGAAACCAGGUCCCCAAAAGAAGUCGUAUUGGAUCGUAUCGAGCAUAUUUUCCGCCAGGCACAAGCUUCUCCAAAGUACAACUCGGCCUUACGGACGCUACUGUAUCUCUUUAGGAAGUACGCCGAGCGCGUAAGCCUUGCUUCAACUGCUGUUUCUCAAGUUGCACAGUCGUCCGAGUCAUCUGGUCAAAAAUCCUCAAUUGAACUAUCAGCUCCUGUGAUUAUUCCGGAUCCUCAUUUCAGCCACGCACUUGAGGGUGUGAAAGUCUUGCUUGAGAGGUUUGCCGGAAGGAAGAGCCUCGAGCCUUUGCUACAAACUUUGCUCAAGACCGUUCAUGAUAUCUCAGUGGCUCCUGUUGAAGAAGGUGCCGCUAAAGGGAACGAGCUGCGAGACUUCUUCACAAAAGUUGGGAUAUGGCUGGACACCGCACUAGACGACCCUUCGUUCGUGGCUUCACGAGAAGGACGGGACACCGCGUCUAUGCUUUAUGACGAAGGCUUUACACGUUUUUCACAGAACGAACAACUAUCCGAGGACGUUCAGAGUCUUCUAACGGAGGUUAACGCAUUCGUAGAUGCACUAAAGACAGAUCGGUCGACAAAUAAAUUGGUUAACGCACUUGAAACCCUGCACACUGAUCUCUUCGUUCUCUUCGGCCGGACAGAGGAGACUGGGCAACGCGCCGCGACGCACUGGCGUACAACCCUUCUCCGUGCAGCACUGGGUUGGUUAGUUCCGCGAGUUCUCCGUGUAAUCCGCGUUCUUCCUAUGCCGCGAUUUGAAUACGUCUCGUCAAUGCCAAAUGGGGCGCAUAUAGCCGCAGCGGUCGACGCACUACUAUUGAGCGCGGAAGAAUCGCUUAUCCCGGACGUGUUGACUGUUCAAGAAUUCGCUGAAGUAAGGGUAGAGGUCGACGAGCACGUCGGCGCUGCACAGUUGACGAGCCCAAACGCCCGACUCUUGUCUGCUAAACAAAGGAGCAAUGAUGCAGGCCACGGACACUUGGAAAGUGCGAGUCGUAUUCCACUCCUAGCAGACGAAGACGAGAAUCAGAUGGACUCAAGUCCAAGCAGCAAAACAGAGAGGAGGAAGAAAACUUCUGUGAGUUCGACGUCCCGUAUACGAGUACACGUCGAAGGCCUGCGAGUUGCAGCGCACGAAGUAGGUUACUAUGCCUCGUAUGCACGAAAUAGUUGGCUAGGGUACACGGACGAAGGUCUCUUGAGCGUCGACAUCGGUCACGCUGAGCGAAGAGGCGAAGGUCUCACAAUAGACAUCGAACUCGAGACAGACUCAAACUCAAAGUCGUUGGCUCAACAAAAACAAAACCAGGAGGACGAACAACAGGAAGAACCGCUCUUCCGCGUUGUAGAUGUCCACACCUCACUUCCAGGACUCGCUUUGCACAUUGCACACAGUAGGCAUUGGAUACUCAACUCUAUCCUGCUUGCACCACUUGCAGGGCCAAUAGGGAGAGUAUUUGGGACGCGCGUCUUGAACGCUCAGGUUCGGAGCGGUUUAGAAGCGCUUGAGCAAUGGACUAGGGACGUUAAAGUCUCGGCAGGGGAGAUGGCACGAAUCCGCAGAAAAGAAGCAGAUGAGGAACUAAAAGAGACGAAUGUUUGGGAUUGGUGGGAUGCAAUACUUGAGAAGUUCGGAGCCGGAUCCAAAAAGGAACAAAACGCUUCAGAGUCAGACCAGGAAGAGGACGACGGUGAAGAACAAAGGGGAGUGUACACGGAGACACAUACCGAAGCGUCGCUAACAGGUAUCGUACGCACAACGAUCGAGCAACCAGAACCAGAAUCCGAGAGCGAAGCACCACCUCCAACAGAGAACACUAUGGCUAUUGGCGUCGGUUCGCAGCUUCUCCCAGGUAAAGCAGAGCCUACUGCGCUCGGUGUCGAGCGUGAGUCACCUCAAGAAGCUUCACACGAAGUCUCCGAAGCUGCCCGAGAGGCAAUUGAGGACGUCCAUGGCAAAGUGCAAGAUAUUCGAGAAGAUGUGCAAGGUGUUGCACAGAAGGGUAUCGAAGAAGCGGUUCAAGCGAGGCGUACAGUCGAGGCUGCGGAAGAGAGGAUGCAGAAUCAGGAGAGAAGGGAGAGGAGAAAGGCAGGUUGGAGGAGUAGAGCAUUUGACUUGUAGCCUGAGUGUUUCCUAUCCUAGAAGAGACGAUUUUUCAAAAUAGGUGUCUAAUGUGUCACUGCUUUAAUAGUAUGGUUAUGUU